UGAGAAACAUUGGCACAAAAAGAAGGUUGACCCAAGAUUUGGGGUUUGCAUACAAGGGACGCUUGACUCAUCUCUAAUACCAUUGAGUAACUAUGUGGCUGGGGUGGAAUUUUGUCUUGCUUGGGGCCCUUCUCCUUGGCCUCAAUUGGACUUUAGCAUGGGCAUCCAACUUCCAGCACCACCGCUAUGAAGAAUUAGUGAGGGCUUUGUUUGCUAUUCAGAGCGAGUGCCCAUACAUCACACGGAUCUACAGCAUUGGGCGCAGUGUAGAGGGCCGUCAACUCUAUGUGUUGGAGUUUAGUGAUAACCCAGGCAUCCACGAAACAAUGGAGCCCGAGUUCAAGUAUGUGGGGAACAUGCACGGAAAUGAGGUUCUGGGACGGGAACUGCUGAUUCAGCUCUCUCAGUUUCUUUGUGAGGAAUACCGGGCAGGAAACCAGAGGAUCACACGUCUCAUCCAUGACACACGGAUCCACAUCCUGCCUUCCAUGAACCCAGAUGGUUAUGAAGUGGCUGCCAGCCAGGGACCUGAGUUCAAUGGCUACCUAGUUGGACGAGGCAACUCGAGGGAGGUGGACCUGAACCGGAAUUUCCCAGACCUAAAUACUCUUAAGUACUACUUUGAAAAGACAAAUGGUCAGAACCAUCACAUGCCUCUGCCUGAUAACUGGGAGCAACAGGUUGAACCGGAGACUCUGGCAGUGAUUAAGUGGAUGCAGAACUAUAACUUUGUUCUGUCAGCUAACCUACAUGGAGGGGCAGUGGUGGCCAACUAUCCAUUUGACAAGUCAAGGGACUCCCGGAUCAGAGGCAAGUCCACAUAUGCUGCAACACCCGAUGACAACAUUUUCAAAAUGUUGGCCAGGACAUAUUCAUAUGCCCACAGUUGGAUGCAUAAGGGAUGGAACUGUGGUGACUUCUUUGAUGAAGGUAUCACCAAUGGUGCCAGCUGGUACUCUCUGUCCAAAGGUAUGCAGGAUUUUAACUACCUUUACACCAAUUGCUUUGAGAUAACUCUCGAACUCAGCUGUGAUAAGUUCCCUCCGGCAUCAGUCUUGUCAAGAGAGUGGCUGGGCAACAGAGAGGCCCUAGUAUCCUACCUGGAACAGGUGCAUCAUGGAAUCAAAGGAAUGGUUUACGAUAACAACAACAACCCCAUCGGCAAUGCAGAGAUUUCAGUAGCUGGUAUCAACCAUGAUGUGACUUCUGGUGUGGGUGGAGACUACUUCAGAUUGCUGUUACCAGGCACCUAUUCUGUGACAGCAUCUGCAUCAGGAUACCUGCCCUCUACCAGAAUCGUGACAGUGGGACCUGCUGAGGCUAUAGAGUUGCACUUUUACCUGAAAGUAAAAGAAAAAAACCCAAACCUGAACCUACACCCUAGCAAGAAACCCCCCCCGACUAAGGUCCCUCUAAACAUGGGCCCAAGAUAAGACAUUUUCACAUGUUAAUUAACAAACAUGCCUAUAAUGAGGGGAAACUUUACAAGUGUAAUAAAUGACACCUGAAAAUAUAAAACAAAUAUGUUGAUAUAUGCAUGAGUCUGAAUUAUUAUUGUAUGAGUUUUGUUUGUUACUUAUUAAAAGUAAUUUCUUGAAAUUCAUCAAUAAAUAAUACAUGGUAAAGGCUUAACAAGUCAUUUAAUAAACA